AUGACCAUCAAAAUCCAACCUCUCGUAUCAACUAAAAUUGCUGAAGAUGUAUCAGAUGAGAGCAACACCUUGGUAUCGAGCCACCUUGAUUCUCACAACAAUUCCACCAAAUAUUCGUGUUGUUUCUCCAUCAAGUAUGUCCUCAUAAUCAUGAUCGUGGGUCUCAUUAUCCUUAGUGUCUUGAUCUUAUCUGCCAUUUGGGUCAGUUGUUUCAGCGCCACUGUCUCUGAAUUGAGUCAUUCCGUUCGGGAUAAGGAAUUUUCAAGAAUUGUUUCCUAUGCCGAUGAAAGCCUGACACGAGUUGCGUUCUUUCUAGAAACCUUUAAGGGACAACUUUUGAAAGAUUAUCAAGCCAUGGAUCAUGUCCUGGAAAAUCAUUUGUAUUUGGCAUGGAAGAGUUUAAUGAAACAUGAAGCCUCACUCUCCUAUGCGUUGUUUGUCGCCGAAUAUGAAGGAGGUGCAUUGGGAAUGUCCAUCUUUGGAAAUCUUACAUGGUUUCUCAAUAUAACCUAUGCUCAAAAUCAACAGUUUUAUAUUUGCCAUGAUGUUCCCAAUCAUGAGUAUUGCAAUCGAAAUUCAACUCCCGAUAUGAUUCUUCCUGCAUUCACGGACAAAGUGGCCACUGAUACUGUCACUCGUAACCCAGGAAAGACCAUUUUCGCGCCUUCUUUUACAGAUCCCACUCAACCCAAUAUUGUGUUUUUAACUUUACUCACGAGUUACAAAUUGGAUGUACCAAAGAGUGAUCGUACUGUGAGCCACUUUAUUGGAUACUGCAUGACUGCCCGAUUCUUAUCUCUGUUCUUGGUAGAAAUGACAAAGAGCAUUACAGGAUCUCAUACGUUCAUCAUUGAGGUGGAAACAGAUUUCAUUGUUGCCAGCGAUCAAAUCGAUGAUCAUUCUGGCUCAUCAAGCACAAGAAAAAAGAUUGUAGACAUGAGUCCUUCCAUGAAAGCGAUCGGAAUGAAAGUCUAUUCCCAAUUUAAUAAUAAUCUGCGAAAUUUGCAAUGUAAUAAUCGUCUUGAGAUGACACUGGCGGAUCAAUUCAUUCUCAUCCAUCGAUUGUGUAACGAGAAUGGAAUUGAUUGGAUGCUGGUAUUGAGCGUUCCUCAAUGGAAUUACAUCAGUAAUAUGGUUUUGGCGAUCAUUGCUGCAGUGAUCAGUGCUUGUAUCAUUUCCUUGGUGAGUGCUCUCAUGGCAGUUGUUGUCUCUCUCCGUAUAGUGAAACCAUUCCAUCAAUUGAUUCAAUCUUUUGAAAUGGUUUCAAAUAUGCAAUUAGAAGAUUUGAAUUUGAGAAAGAGUCAAUUGACAGAGGUGACUCAGUUGCAAUUACAUUUCACUCAAAUGGUCAAGAGAAUUAAAUUAUACAGAGCCUUCAUUCCUUCUCAUUUGUUGUCUCAGUUGGAGAGCAAUGAGCAUGGAGAGGAAGACAAUACACUUGAUACAAAGAAGGAUAAGAAAAAGGGUCAACAGUACAAGGUGAAGAGUGAUCAUGAUAGCAACAACUUUUCUUUUGUGAAGAACUCUCAUGCCCAGGCCUCUUCUGUUUCUCAAAGUCAAGAAUUAUCACGAAAGAGCUCUUCAUCCAUGGCAAGUUCUUCAAGAAGACAAUCUUCACAAAAAACGCCAAUCGAUCGAUUUUCACUCUAUUCUGAAAAGAGAAUGGUGAGUGGAGUCAUGCUUCAUUUGGAUGGAUUGAACGAAUGGUGGUCAUGCAUGAAUGGAAGUGAAAUUGUGAACUUGUUGAGUGAUGUUUUUGAAGUCAUGAAUCAACAAGCACGAUCAUUGGGUGCUCAAAUGGGUUCUUUCGAUUCUGAUUCUCAACUCAUCUUCUUCAAUGCAGCGAAUGAUGUGAAGAAACAUCAAGAAAAGGCACUUGCAUUUUGUGAUUCACUUCGAUCCAAACUUUCCCAAAUCAAGAAUCACAAAUGGUCUUCAACUCAUUCGAAAUCACAUCAACAUUCAUUGAAUUCGAGUUUGACAAAAUUGAAUUUCAGAAUGGCAGUCACAUGUCAAGAAUGUAUUUGUGGAAAUUUGGGAACUCGUGAUUUCAAAUCAUUUCAAGUCAUUGGAAGUAUUCAAUCCAAUUUAGAUAGAAUGAUUCAAAUAGCGAACAAGUUGAACAUUCCAAUCAUAAUUUCACAACAAAUUGAACACCACUGCAGUGAAAAGUAUCAAAUGAGAUUCGUUCAAUUCCAAGACUUGUUGAUUGACAAUUAUUAUGCCAGUUGUUGUCCUUUUGAUCAAAAUGGAAUUAACAAGAGUGGUGAGAAUGCUCAACAGCCAUCAAUUUCACAACAACAACAAACUCCUCAAAACUCUCACAACACUUCCUCUUAUUUAUUUGAGUCAUGUAAAUUAUUUGAAGUUGGAGAUAAUAACAAUUCUGAAAUGGAUGAAUGGAUGUAUGAAUUGGAAUCCAAAGAAAAGAAGAAUCAACGUUGGUAUUAUUAUAAUUUGGCCAUCAAGAAUUAUUUUGUUGAAAAUCAAGUGGAACAAGCUCUAGAAAUGAUGAAUUUACACAUGGCUCUUGAAACUUCCAAGUGUGAUCUUGUCGCUCAAAACAUGCUUUCCCUGAUGCAAAUCAAUAAUUCAAGCGUACAUUAUCAAACACAGGAGUAG